AUGAAGUUUAUCGAGGUCAAGAUAAGGCCUGUCCCAUCGCCGUCGGAUAAAAGCGCCGAGAAGACGCUCAAGGGCGCGUCACGGAUCUAUGUCAGCAAGGAUGUUCUCCUCGAGCUCACUGGCACGGCUUUGGAGAACGGGAAGCGAUGCUAUGUCGAGAAGAUCCUGGAGAAUGGGCAGGCCACUACACGAGAGGCAUCACUAUGGGCGUCAGCGGACCCAAAGAUGAGCCGUGCCGUGGCCCAGAUGAGCAAGCCAUUCCAAGAUGCCUGCGAUUUCAAGCUCGGCGAUCAGGUCAAGGUCAUCUACACCGACGGCAACGCGGUGCCUGAAGCUGAAGAGGUCGUCCUGGAGGAUGUCACUACCAAUCAGCCCGCGAUCGAGGAAAAUGAUAUGAUCCACUGGGCGUGGACAAUUAAGGGCAACCUGAUGAGCUUAGAUGACGUGUUUCCCGGGCUGGUGGUCAAACGCUUAGCUGGAGCAGGCACAUACAGAAGUUUCAGAGUCACGAGUGUCAAUGGCUCGAUGAGUGGCAAUGCCCGAUUCAUACCUGCUUCGACAAAGGUUCGCAUCAGCACCGGACAAGACCUGGACAAUACAGCAGCGGUUGCCCGUCCGGCGAUACUCAAGGUGGACAUGAUACAAGGCCUCGAGACCCAGAUCCGUGACCUUAACAAUAGGCUCCGCCGGUGGUGUAAGCCAUACAACGCUCCCGCGCCCCGUAGGUCGUGUGGUCUGGUCUUUGAUGGCGGUCAUGGAACUGGGAAGACGAUGCUCGUUGAUCAAAUUUGUGAGACGGGAUGGGGGACGGUCCACCGCAUACAACCCAGCGAGAAGCUCUCCUCCAUCAGCAAAAUAUUCGAGACGGCGAGAGAGACCCAACCCAGCAUCGUCGUCAUGGACGGCUUUGAACAGCUCAUCGACAAGGAUCGUAGCAAUCGGAACGCCGUCAUUACAGCCGUUGUGGACUUCCUGGACAAACUGGCCGCAGGCACAGCAGCGCGAAAUAAGCGCCCUAAAGUCCUGGUCCUCGCGACGUGUUUGGACUACUCAACGAAUAUGCCACAGGAUCUUAUGCGAAAUGGACGUUUUAACAAACACAUCAACCUUCCCCUCCCAGACAUAGCCAGAAGAAGAGCUAUCCUUUCGUCUUUUAACAUGCCUUUAUCUCCUGAUUCCAGGGACAGCAUUCUAUCCAGUAUGAGCGAGAAAACGCAUGCCUACAACGGAAGCGAUCUGGAGUCACUAGUUGAAGAGGUUGCUGAACUCUCGGAAGAACAUUUAGAAAAGAUCGAGGACACUGGGAAAGAAGCCUCCCCAGAGGACUACUUCAUCACAGAAGAAAUGGCCGAACAAGCAAUGCAGACUAUUCGUCCAUCUGCAAUGCACGACAUCAAUCUCAAACCCCCACCGGUUCACUGGGACGACAUCGGGGGCCAAGAGGAGGUCAAGCAGACCCUACAGCAAGCACUCGCGCUGUCCAAGGUAUCCAAGCAGAACCUCCUCAAUUACAUGUCCGCUCCGCCAAAGGGCUUCCUCCUCUACGGCCCACCUGGCUGUUCCAAGACCAUGGCUGCACAGGCGCUCGCAACCGAAAGCGACCUCAACUUCUUCGCCGUCAAGGGCGCGGAGCUGCUCAACAUGUACGUGGGCGAGUCGGAGCGGCACGUGCGGCAGCUGUUCCAGCGCGCGCGGGAGGCCGCGCCGAGCAUCAUCUUCCUGGACGAAAUGGACUCCAUCGGCGGCCAGAGGUCCGGUUUUGGGUCCACCAAAGCCGGCGGCGGCGGCGGCGGUAACAGCGGCCUGAACGUGCUGUCGACGCUGCUGAACGAGAUGCAAGGGUUUGAGCUUUUGCAGGACGUCCUCAUCCUCGCCGCCACGAAUAGACCCCAGGCCAUGGACCCUGCGCUGCUGCGGCCUGGCCGGUUCGACAAGCUCAUCUUCGUGGGGCCGCCGGAUGAGGCCGCGAGGGCGUCCAUCUUCCGCAACUGGCUGUCGCACAGGAAAAGCGCGUCGGACAUAGACGUGGAGGAGCUUGCGAGAGAGACCGAGGGCUGUUCGGGCGCUGAGACCGUGGCCAUCUGCGAGGCGGCCGGUGGCACAGCCUUUUGGAGAGACCAUGGCAAGGCCGAACACGAGUGCAAGGGUGUGACUAUGGAGGAUCUCCGAGAACAGGCCCUGAAGAAACCGCGGAUGAUUACCCCUGAGAUGUUGGAAGCGUACGAGGUGUGGAGGAAUAAAUUUCUCAAGGAGGCUCAAUUUGCCUAA